CUGGUUCAGAAUUGGUUCAAAAACAGGGGACAGAGCUGGCGGAUCCUAUCCUAGGAUUUUAUUCAAUUUGAGAUGAAAAGUUUUGCUACAUGAAAUGCGGUUGACUCUAGUUUCACUUUUCAAAAAGUCUGUAAAUGGACAUAUAUUUCGCGGUAAAUACCGCUUGGUGCAACGUGUGACACCCGGUGCGGUACAAACCCUUACGCGAGACUAUAAACAAAUAGAGCACAAUAUGGCACUGCUGCUAAGACCUUAUCUAACAUUGGAGCAAUCUUCAGGUCAUGCCAAGGAGUUGAAUAAGAAAGCUGCGGUCAUUGGAAAGUGGAAAGAACAGCAGUUGAAAAUGAAUCGCCACGUAACAAUCAAGGAAAUGUUAGAACACCUCAACGUGAAAACUGCGUGGGAAUAACGAGCACCGUAAAUGUCAACAAAAUGUUUGGAAAAUAAGCAUUUUUAUUUACAAUACGUAUUCUGACAUUAAAAAAAAGUGUAGUUUGUUUAAAACAAAAGAAUACUACCGCUCUACGCGUAAUUGUCCCAUAUAUAGGGAAUACCAUAGAUCAUGGGACAGUUAUGUUUAUAGCGGCAGAAUAGUCCAUCGGCAAAGUGAAA